AAUAAUUUGGCAGGAGUACAUGAAUUGUUUAACCAACCUUCUUUCACACACACACACACACACACACACACCCACUCCACGUUUAUCACACGCCUCCAAUCAUUUAAGGUAAAAAUUUGUACUGGAAAACACGCACAAGUGAAUGGAUCAUCUCAUACCCGAGGCAUGGAGAUAGGUCUCAGCUGUCACCGGGUCUAUCCACAGAAGAACGUACAUCAGUCUACCAUCCAGCCAAGUCCUGAAUCUUGAUUAAGCCGUGCAUUGUUUGGUGAGCACUGGGGGGGGGGGGCAAAGACUACCUGUGUACGUUUGUUAUAAAGGAUGGAGGUGGCACGGCAAACGAAGGUGCUAUUCCUGUGGCAAAGGGCUAAGUAAUGAGCAAUUGCCAUGGAAACCAAUGAGUUAUCUUUCGAAAUGUAGCACGUUUUCCCAGAAUAGCACCUGUGUUACCUUGAGAAGUCUCCACCAUUAAGUCCUAUUCAUACCUCCAGUAAUAAUCAGUCAGCUUCCUUUCUUCCAGGGGAGACAGGCAGUUGGUAUAACUGCAGGGCAGGGGGUGGUGGGGGGGGGGGACAGGAGCCCCUUUGAGGUUUCAAGACAUUCAAGGACGUGAAGGAAGCUGUAGGACAAAUCGGUUGCAUUGUUUGGUACUGUGCAUCUGCAAGAAGCACAAACAGCUCAGCUGAAUGUCUUGUCUAUCUCUAUCUCUGUCUGCCCACCUUCCUGCUCUUCCCACCUCCUUAACAAAUUGAAUUCUGAUUUUUGCAGGUAGAAUGAGUACAGCUAUUUGCACCCAGAGAGCGUCUCGCACAGACUGACAACUUGGAGACAAGCACAGCUGGGGAACAGCAUGAGGCUUAAACUGAAUGUGUUGGACCUAUGCCAUACGGUGCUUUGCGUUGGGUUAAUGCUUUGUGGGGAAGGGUAAGAUUCUGCCACCUCGUUUUAUGCAAAAUAUUGCUGCUGUGAUAUAAGGAACGUUUUGUGAUAACAUUAAAAUAAAAAGGGGGAGGCUGAUAGGGGAGCUUAAAAUGAAUAGUAUUAUUUUAUUAUUUUCAUUAAUGGUAUUUUAUAUUAUUAAUAUUAUUAUUAUUGCUUUACAGAUAUUUAGAAAGCAAUUUGUUUCAAUGCUAUAAAAUAUAAGAAGCUGUAUCUGUAAAGUUAUCUGUGAUCUGGGAUUUAGCAGUAAUUAGCACAGAUAUUUGUAAGUGCUUGGGUAUGAUACUAAAGACCACGUUACCAGUAUACCCGUAUGGAAUUAUAUUGAUCCUGGUUAUGGUGUAUGCAAUAAUAAAAAGCUGAUUAUCAUUUAACAGCUGCACGGAUGUACUGAGCGUCUGAUGGUUAAUAAACAAGAUAUAACAUGCUGGCAUAAGAUCCUAAGGACUAGAUCGUAAAGUCAACAAAAAACGGUGUUGGCUCUUAAAGGGUUGAUCCUAAAAUUGCAAUUGUGACGACUUGAGGAUCAGAGCGUGUUUGCUUGGGCAAAGCAUGGGGAAUCGGAUAAACCACUAAUAUUAAAAAAAUAAAAAGAAAGUUCUUAAAUGACUAGUUCAUAUGAUUUACUUAUCUUCAUCGGGCAUUGAAUAUAACCGUAGAACUAAAUCUUGGGUUUGUGCUGCUUAACAAUGUGAAUGCUGGACUUGUUGCUCUACACUUUGGCGCUUCAAGGGUUAUUUCGCUUUUGAUUUCGAUGAGAUGGGAAGGGAGGGAGGACACAUAAGGAUCUCUUUCUCGGCUUAAAGCUGUGAUUGUUUGUGCUUCUGUAUGACUCUAGACGCUGCUGCCAGGGUGUGCCAGUGUCUGUGAUUGGCAGUGCCCACAAAGAACACUGUCACUCCAGGUGAUGUUACUGUGACAAAAUGCCACCUGUUACUUAACACCUCAUACCCCCCUCCUUGCCAGCAGACAAACAAACACACCUGUUUCUUAAGCAACAGAGAAACAGCCCAACUCCCUGAAGCUGUAACCUGUACUUUCAUAUUUUUCAUUCCUCCUGGGCUCGAGUGUGUACGCUGCACAGAGCAGAUUGUUCUUAAAGAAUGCAAUAGUCUGGCAGCUGCAGUGAUCUCCUCCUGGCACUACUGGUCACCCCCCCACCACCACCACCCUGCCCGUUAUCCCCCCCCCCCCUAGCUGUAUCCUUUAUCUAACGUGAGGAAGUCCUCCGAUCAAUGCCACAGUGUGUCUCACAGAUACUAUGUAAUCAGCGCUGCAUUCACACAGUAAUUUCUCCAUAGCCGCAAAUAUUAACCCAAGCUGUAAAGCAGCGUUACUGCCCCCUGAGUGGCGUAGCUUGAAUGGGGAGGGGUGGGAAGGGGGGCACAGAAGCUGUUGUCCUGGGGGGAAAAAUUACAAAAUAAAAUAAAGUAGUAAUAAUAAAUCAAAAUUAGCGCGCCCUCCUACCCCUCACAGGAGAAAAUCUUCCAAUGUUCAAACAUUCUACAUAGUUUUUCAACAUGUCGGGGCAAAUAAACCUAGCCACGUAACGUUUCAUUGCUAAUUACAGCCAUACUGUCCUUAUUUAAUCCUUAUCGGUGUAUUACAUAAUGCCUUUUAAUAGCGUGAUUUGAAAAUAUCGCGGGUAUCUUCAAACCUGAAAUCACGCUAUUAAUAAUCAUUAGGUGAUUCUCUAUUAAAAUGUAUCAACCGAUAAACUGGUAAUGGGCGACUAGAUAUCCUCUCUCCUCCUUCCCUACCCGCCUCGACUCCAUGAUGUGUGUGACACUUAUAGUUGCUUUGUAUAAUUUUUUAAAUCCUAUUCAUGCCUAAAGUAAUUUAUAAACUCUAAACAUUAGUUUAGUCAUGAGAUGAAUUAAAAAAAUUACACAACACAUCUAUGAGUGUCACACACACUACCGAGACAGGGCAGGUAGGAAGGGAGGAGCGAGGCUAUCUACGCGCCCGUUAAUUGACUCUGAGAGUGCUAACGGUCCAAACCUUGUGGCUGACUUCAUGCACAAUCCAUGCAAUUGCAUUGCCAUUGGUCACACUCAUCACUUUUGUGGGAUUCACGGCAGGUUUGGCAGUGAAUUAUGGGAUUUGGUAUCUAACUAGUUUAGUUUUAAGGAUUUGUGCCAGAUAAUCCCUUGCUAAAUAUUCAUAAAAAUCUACAUCUAAAUGAAAAAAAACAACCCCAAAAAAAAAACUUAGGAUAAAAUAUUUAAAUCAAAGCAUUUAGGAAUGUUAAGGGGAUAUUUAAUAAAACAUUUUUAUAUAAUCAUAUUUUACUUUACAGUAUUUCCAGCCUCAAGCAUUGUAAUAUGAUGUAACAUUUUUUAUACAAGUUAGUUUAUAAAUUCCAGGCACCAAUUUACAAAAAUCACUGAAACUCUACCUACCCACAAUCCUGCUCCUGUGAUGUCAAAAUGGAAGUUAUGCUUCACCUGCUGGUACAAACACUUGUACGAUACAUGCGCAAUGUGCAUAGGCAACUUUACUCUUUUUUUUCCCACAGACUCACUCAUAGCUAUUUAUGACAUUUUCUGCUGUAGGCGCACUCAUUGACCAAACUGCCGCUAUAUUCAUCAUAAAGCAUGACUGAUGCUAUUGUAUAAGUUAAAAGAAGCCUGUCUGAUUUCUUUUAAUGAAUGAAACUUCUGCAAAGUGUUGAGCAGGAAUUUAUGAAAAAUUAUGAGUCAGUGGGAGAGCCAGGAUUGUCUGAUAAACUUCAGCCAAUUCCUGGUUUCCAUAGACGGUGCAGUUUUGUAAAACAAAACAUGAAAAUGUAUUACGCUUGUUGAAGCUUUUUUUUAUGAUAUCAGGAUUGACGCACAUGUGUAUGGCGCUGUAUAUUCUAUUGUAGCCUUUUAUUACGUUCUACACACCUUAGCACCUUCCAGACUCACAGGACAAUAGUCUCCUAUGGCUACUUAUUAGAAUCUGCAUCCUUCUGCUAAAUCUAUGCGUAUGAACUUGUCUUUUUGUUAAGAGGCAAUAUCAUGCACGUUGAGAGCUGCCUGCUGCUUCCUCCACUUGGCUCAAUUGAGUGGUUGCUGUGUCUAUUCUUUAUUCUAGAUUUUUGUUCAGUUGGUUAUACAUUUAUUAACUGCCACAUGAAAUAAUAGUUUGGUUCGUUAUUACUAUUCUCCAACUUGUACUCUGACUGUUUUCAGACUUUUCCACCUCCUUGUAGGUAGCUCCCAUAAAUCCAACCAAUUCCAUUUUUUCCCUGUAAAUGUAUUCCCUUUUUAGAACGUGAUUUAAAAUUAUUUUUAUACUUUAUUACAAAUUCCUGCAUAGAUCAAGGUAAGUAGUUUUAGGAAUUGUUUUAUAAAUCCAAUUUCAGUAAAAUAAUUAUUUACUUAACAGUGAAAUGUGGCAAAUUGAAAACUAGAUUGCAAAAUUUAGAUUAAAAUAAUAAUCUGACCAAUAAUCUAAUUGUGACUAGAUUUUGCAAUGUAAUUGUGAGUUCACUGCAAUUAAUUUUUUAAUGAAACAAAACCUUUAGGGGUCAAUACACGAAGUGGCUAAGCUAUGAAAAAGGGAAAGGCAAAUUUUAAAUCAAAGCAGCUGGGCUGGAAAAAGUUGGAGAAUUUCAAAAAUUUUCCUUUUUUGGCCAUAAUUUUAGAAUUCUGUGAUCAAUUUCAUGCAAUUCUUCAUUUAAUGAACAUACUCUUAGGGACUUAUCAUUUAUAGAACAAACUACUUUGACGUGACAUUAAAAUUGUUGGUCAAUUUUUAUACAUCAAUGGUUUUGAUUAAAAUGAUUAGAUAGUCUAUUAAUCAAAACGAAUUAUUUAGUUAAUAGACCUUAUUUUAUUCAAAUUCGACACAUGGUAGGUAUACUGUAAUAUUUCGUUAAUCCAUGAUCCCUUCAGUAAUAUCUAAACACGUUCCAGACAUGUUACGUUGGACCAGACCAGACAGAAAUUCGAAUCAAUCUUAAUUAAACAAGUGAAUGCGUGGGAAGUGGGUGAGGUUAAUUAGUUCAAUUCUUGUCCAGGAAUCAAAAAUUAGGAAAGCUUUCGAUGACUGAUGAUAUGGCAUAGGUGUGAAAGAAUGCAGGAGAGGUGCAGUAUUUCAUUAUUUAACAUGCACUCUUGUAAUUUCUUAAAGGGACAUUCAACUGCCAAAAUAAAUAAACACUGUUUAGUAGAUAUAACCCGAAUUAAAACAUGUAUGCCUUUAAUUAUGCAUUUUAUAUUACGUGUAUAUCUACAAAUAGUUUGUAAAAGCUACUGGUACAGAUCUCUUGUCUGCAGCUUUUGCAAGUCCUUCCCCUUCGAACCCUGUCCAGACUUUCUGUUGUUGCCCAAUUACAGACUCCCCAAUGCAACUCUAUGAGAAGUCUUUGCAAGCAGGGGCUCUGGGCAAUUUGCUGCCUCUUGUGUUUAGUUCCACUAGCACGUGUUAAGGACACAGUGACCAGUUGUCUCAUUGACAGGCAGGGGAGUGUAAUAAGGUCAAUUUUUUAAAGUGCCAAUAUCUAUUGAAAUCUGCCCUUUUUGUAAAAUGGAAAAAGCUGUAGUGCUUUAGGGGUAUAAAGGGUCCCUUUAAGUCAACAGAGAUAGUUUUCAUCAGGCCCGGACUGGCCAACGGCAUACCAGGCAAAUGCCCUGUGGGCCGCGAUGGCCAUGGGCCGAGGUUGACAGGGGAGAUCAGAGUAUCUCCCCUGCCGGCCCAUGCAGAGACAGCGCUAUCAGAGCACUGGCCCUGCUGUGUGCCUUCAUGGGCUGAUGGGGAGACAAACUAUCUCCCCACCGGCCCACAGACACUGAGAUAGGGAGGGAGAACCCGGGAGAGCUCAUACCUGCAUCUCCGCUGGGUUCCUCUUGCGAGGCCAGAGCAUUGCCACGGUUACUAUGGUAGCGCUCCGAACUCGCAAGAGUGAUCUCUACCCCAAGAACUGCAGGGUAGAGUUCACUCCUCACCAGACCACCAGGGAUUUCCUAACAGACCACCAGCGCUGGCAACAAGGUAAAGGUAAGUAGGGAGGGGGGACAUAAAUAUAAUAAUUUUAAAAAUAAUAUUAAAAAAUACACAUAUAUAUGUUUUUUAUUUUUACCCCACAGCACCCCAAACAUCACACUACACCCAAAACACCACACUGCACCCCUCACACACACACACUGCACCCCAAACACCACACUGCACCCCUCUCACAUACACACACACACACACACACACCUCACCUCAAACAUAACACUACAUCCCAAACACCACACUGCACCCAUCACACACACACAUACUACACCCCAAACACCACACUGCACCCCAAACACCACAGAGCACCCCAAACACACAGUGCAACACACACACUGCACCCCACACCACGCAGCACUCCUCACAUACAAACACACACACACAGCUACCCUCACACACAAACACACACACACACACACACACACACACACAGCACCCCUCACACACACUGCCCCCUAAACUCCACAGAGCACCCCAAACACACAGAGCACCCCAAACACACAGUGCACCCCAAACACCACACAGUAAAUGGGCCACUGAUAGGUCCCACUGAGCUAGCUAGUCUCGGUUCUGGUUCUAAUGCCUGCAUACCUAAGGUACUUACUAUAUCUCCUCUUUUGUAAUAACAGUAUACUUAUUGUACGUACAAUACCUCCUACUUUUAUGUCCACAUUCCUAAUGUACUUACUGUAUUUACCUUGUUCUGUGUGUAUACCUACUGUACUUAGUGUAUUCCUUUAUUUCUAAUGUUUGUAGGCCUACUGUGCAUACUGUAUCCACCCUGUUCUGUGUGUAUACCUACUGUGCUUACUGCAGCUCCUUUAUUCCAAUGUCUGCAUAUCUACUGUAUUUACGAUACCCUACCUAUUCUAAUACCUGCAUACCUAAUGCAUGUGCUUUAUACUGUGUAUUCUGUUGUUUGUAUAUGUUUUUCAAAAGCUCACUGGAACAUACACAAUAAAUGCAGCAAAUAUUUAAGAGUCUCAUUGAUUCUUAAAGGAAACCUUGUGGCACCAUAACAACUUAAUAUUAAUUAAGUUGUUAUGGUGCCUGGAGGUUCCAAGUACCCCUGCCAAAGACUUAAUAAUAAGAGAGCAGUGGAAGGUCAGGGGCAGCACUAAACAACACUGGAUUCAAGACUUUGGGGUUAAACUGUUCAUGAAUAAUUUAACCCCUAAAGGUUAUUAUAAAUCACCAUAUGACAUAAAUGUAUCUAUAUUAAUAUCUUGAUUCUAAAAGGGAUUCUGCAGGCUGGAUGUAAUAAUUUUCGUAUACAUCAAGAAUAUACGCUAUAUAUAUAUUAAAUAAAAUUUGUUGGGACUUGCUAGGCAUUAAAAAAUUUCCAUGGUUUACAGGAAUAUCAGAGGAUUCCGGGCAGGGUGUUUUGGAAGUGGUAGUUCGUGUGUCAGCUUCCCAGUGACCCUAGGAUGGUACAAGUAUGUGUAUGAGCAGAUGGAAACAUUUGACAAAAAGAGGUUGCUAAGUUGUUUUUGUGAAAGAGCCUGUUAGUGGAAGUGGAAACUUUGUAGUGUGUGCGUGUGCAUGCCAUACAAGUACUUGUACAGACAGGAAGAAGCAUACAUUUCCUCCAGUGAUGUCACCCAGUUAGGAGACAGGCUUAUAGUAAUGAUUUUAUUUCAAACUGAUUCUGUUAUAAGAGACAAUGACACCACCUUGGGUAGGUGGGGUUUGUCAGUAGAGGGCAUGCCAGUGAUGAUGUGGCCUUCCUGCAUGGUGGGCAGACUGGGGGCUCCACUAACCAGUGCCACUAACAGUAGCCCAUGUGCAGAGAGCUUCUAUACCUUCACAUGGGCUAAAAAUUCUGCUUGCGCAGAGCAAGCACAUCUAAUCCUGCUCUUAUUAAGUAUUUGCCUCUGGUGUUCCCAGAAGCUAAAACUGUGGAACAGGGACCUACAUUUGGUACGAUCCUGGAGACUUAGGAACUGUUUAUAAGUAUGCUAUGCAAAAGGCACCCUUGCAAUUAUAAAUUAUAUUUUAAUAAUUAUAAUUUUAAAAAUUAUAAUUUUAAUAAUAUUCUUAUUUAUUUGAAUGUAGUAUUUUUUUUGGUGCGUUAAGUUCUGCCUUUUUGAUAACAAGGCAGGUCUGAUGAAUCAGUGGGCAAGAACUGUGAGGAGUAAAAUGUCUAAGUUCACACUGUUCCAUCAUUCUCUUGCUUUCACAGACUCUUUUGAACAUCCCAUUUAUUUCGUGGUAAAUAAAUAAAUAAAAACGUGACUUCAGUGUUAAGUGACAGAAUGCUUGAUCACUGAGUUGAACACACAGGCGGUUUGUUCUGAAAUCUCGACAGAGAAAGGCCUCUUGUGCUAUUUGGGUAGCUCAGUUACAGCCUGUGGAUAGAUCGAUAGAGGAUUUUGUGACCUGUUAUCAUCCACCCCCUCCUGCAUCCCAUCCCUCACUUGGCACAGAAGAUAAUAAGGCUUUAAAUGUCUGUUAGAUUUUUAACAAAGUGAAAAAUUCUGCACUAUUUGCCACUGGCGAGAUACUAGUCUUUCCUGUGUCCAAAAAUUUCCGCCAGGUAAAACCAGACUUUGAGAUAAAAAGCCUGUUAGGUCUUAUUCAUUCUGGGUUUUAAUGUUAUGAUAUGGCAAGUGAAUUACACAAUGUCACUUGAAACAACUAAAAUUAUAAAAUCUUUCUUUGCAGCUAUUUUCCAAUAUAGCUAAUUUUUCAGAUUGUCUUUUCAUCACAAUUCACAAUUUAUUGAAUAAACGCUUUGAUGAAGUCACAACCAUUAAUGUUAUUUACUAGACUGGAAAUGAAAGCAGAAUUGCCAAUUAAUACUUAAAGAACCAAAAUGAAAAACCCACGAGAUCAGCUAUUUUUUUACAACAUGGAAAUUGCCUCAAAUUAACGGCAAAAUAGAAUCUCUUGAAAAUGAAACAAAUAUGCUACAAAUACCCAGUGAUAGGGUCAUCGAGCUCAGAAAUUACUUGAGAAGGAAGGCCUAAACAACUCCUGGAUUAACAUUAAUAGUAAUGGCACCUGGGCAAACUGUUUAAAACAAAUAAAAAUGAAUUAAAUGCUCUUCCCAUUACUCCAUAUUAAUCAGGAAAGGCUGGCCUAACCUACUCUCAGUGAUAUUGAAUAUUGUUCCACCUAUUUUCGGUAUUUUUUGUCAAACCCCACAUGUAUUGUUAGGAAACUGGAUGGUCAAUUUUGUAAAACCCGCCCCCCUGUUUUUUAAGGCACUACUACUUAGUUUUAUUUAUUUUGAAAAUAUUACCCUGUUUUUUAAGGCACUACUACUUAGUUUUAUUUAUUUUGAAAAUAUUACCUUUAUUUUUUGUUAUUCAUUAAGAUAUUUCUAAUGAGAACUGUAACUUAUUUAGAAAUUACACCGCUGAAUAAAUUAUUGAAAAUCACCUAAACUUAUUAACCUUUUUCAUGUAGUCCUCCAAUUUCUUUUAAAUGCAUAUUAAAAGAUUUAGCAAUAAACAUCACAAUCCAGUUCAGCCAAGGCACAACUAGGGCACACAAUGCAAAUGCAGAGAAAAAGAGAAACAUUGUUUCUGGUUCCUUUCUUCCACUGACUAUGUUUUGUGAUAGAAAAGGGCAAUAUUUGUAAUGAUGACUUACAGAGAACCAAAAUGGUGGUGCCCAGGUGAAGGAUAGAGUUCAAUGCUGCUGGCGGUUAGUGGCUGACAUUCGUCUUCUAGAUACAAUGCAGGUUCGGCUACCGUUUGGCUGAUUCUGUUACAACUGCUGUUAAGUUCAGCCACAGGGCAGAAAUUGUGUAAAAUCUGGCUGCAGGGAAUGUUGUGAUUCAAUAGCAAUUCAGUUAAUGUUACAAAAGGGUUGGGGAAAUUGAUCUAUAUUAUGUUCGACAGUUUGGACAUGCAUAAAAAUUUGAUACCCUAGGAGUUGAAAUGUGCAUGUCACCCAGCAGUGGCCCUAUGUGGUAUUCAGGCCUCUGUCGUAUACACAUACCACACACAUACACAUAUACAUCAUACAAAAAUAUACACAUAUACACAGUACUAUUUUACACUGAGUGCACUGUUCCAAGUUGAGAAUGAAUGAUGGGACCUUGCAGAGCUGCACACUCUCUAGUCAAAAACAUUUGGUGCUAGAAAGCUCCACUGAAGUCCUCAACCCCCACCCCAAUGAAACAUCUGCUAUAAACCUUUUAUCAGACACUAAAGAUUGGACAUUCCUGCAUCCAAUGAAAUGGUCUUUGUUGGGUGGUUCUCUACUUCCAAAAAAAUGGUUCAAUUAUUUAUCUGGGCUUGGGUGUUAGGUACUCAUAUUUACUGUAAUUUUCUGUUCCUAUCUAUUUUCCAUGGCAGCAUCAGUUUUCCCCACCUGUUGCUAAACUGGAGAACUUAGGGACAAGAUGGACCUUUGGACCAUCAUUUAAAAACAACGAGAGACAACUAGAUUACUUUAUCUCAAUGAAAUUGUCUGGGUGCAGUGGUCCUUAUUUUAACAUUGCCGUUUAAGACGCAUUGCCGUUUAAUAGAUACGCAGAGUUAAAUACAACUCUAGUGGCUUUCUGUCUGACAGCAACUAGAGGCACUUCCACUGCAUUGGCCGAGUCAAACUAGGUUUUCACAGCUAACCUACCAUUUAUUGGAAGGGUCCAGUGCUGGGCACGCAUGCGCUUUUUGUCCUCAAUGCAUAGUGGAAGGCAGAUUGAGUGGCUGUGGGGGAUGUUCUCGGUGCUGGAAAAAAUAUAAGUAAAAGCCUUUUCUCCAAUUUUUCAUUUUAAAUUUGUGUGUGUGUGGGGGUGGGGUGAACUGAUAAAAAUGCAGAGGAGAACAAAAGGAGAACACUAUAUCUUUAGGGAUACACAUAAAAUACACUUUAUUAAGACAGCAAAACAAAAAACACAUUUUUAUGUUUUGCUUUUUUAAUAAAGUGUAUUUUAAGUGAUUCCUGCUCUCAGAGGUCCUGCAUUGUUCUUUGCUUACAUCAUUCAAAAGGGGCAGUGCUCUCCUUAUAAGCACAUUCACUGGUAUACAGAGAGCCUAAUAUAAUUGAAGAUUAUGUGUACUGAUAAUCUUAAUUUUAAUAAUGACAGGAGGCGAGUAUUUUGCAUUAACUUUCUUUACUAUCUCCAUAGCAGCAAAGAAAAAACAGUUGAAAUAAAGAACCAAUCAGAGCGAGUCAGAGUAUUUAUAAGUCUAAGCAUAUCCAAUCACUUCCUCUUGACUAAAGUGACAUCACAAGUCCAUAAUGUAACAAAUAACAUGUCCGAUCCAACUUGAAAACCGAUAAUGGAAUUGAGUCUUCCCAGCAAUCCAUAAGACUUGUUAAACUGAAAGAAAAGAGAGCCUAGUAUCAGUGAUACGGAACCGACCAUAUGAAAUAUAUGUCUAUGAGUAUAUAUAUAAACCCUUACAAUGACUUAAUCUGACUAACCAUAAAAUGUUAUCAUGCAGAGUCAAUCCACAGUGUUAGAAACAUCAGCAAUCCAUACCAUUGUUCAUACCAGUACAUAGAUUUAAUCUUUAGAAUUAGACUUGUACUCAUUAACUCUAAUUUACCUCAGUUUAGGGUGGGAACGUCAAGUCAAAAAAGGGGGGGAAAAUACUCGCCUCCUGUCAUUAUUAAAAUUAAGAUUAUUAGUACACUGAUGGCAACACAAAAAGAGCCGGGUAGCCGCUAAGGUCCUGCAGAGGAGGAUCGCAGACGGUGGCCUGGGCAUCCCCAACCUAUAUCAUUACUAUAAGGCAGCGAUUCUAAGCACCAUGUUAGCUGCACAUGACCCCCACUACACACCCCAGUGGGCAGGAAUAGAAUCCUUUUGGCUUAACAUAGACCACAUACGCCAUACUUUCUGGACUGACAGCGCUCGGAGACCAAGACCGUUCCAAGGCCUCCCCACUACUCGGUUGCUGUUAGACACGUGGGACGGGGUAAGGAACACUUUGGUUACUUAUCCAAAGAUACCGUUGGCGACCCCAAUGCAAUCCAUAAGCCUGAUGAUUCCUACCUUUAAUCACAAGACAUGGAUAGAUAAAGGCGUCACCCAUGUACUACAUCUGUACGAUGGGGAGCACCUCAAAUCCUUCCCUAGCUUACAGGAACAAUUUGACCUACCCGCGAAACUCCUAUUCCCCUACCUGCAAGUCAAGUCCCUUCUAAAACAUAAUCCACCCAGAAACCCUGAGAAGGUACCGCAAGAACUAACAUCUAAGUUCGAAAACAUGUGCCUUUCUAACAAGCCCAACGCCAAAUCCCUCUCCUCAUGCUACCACUUAAUCUUACACAACCAACCACUGACUCAGGAAAACUACCGAAAGGCAUGGCACACAGACCUAGGCAUAGAGCUAAGCCCAGAACAGUGGAAAAAAGCUUACUCAGCACACAAAGGCCUGACAUCAUGUGCCCAACACCUAGAAAUACAACGGAAACUACUAUACCGUUGGUACUUAGUGCCAGAAAAAAUACACAAAAUAUGGCCCACCUCCACAAACAUAUGCUGGCGCUGUGAGAAAGAAGUGGGCAUGAUGAUCCACGUUUGGUGGACAUGCCCCGCACUCGCACCUCUCUGGACACAAGCCAUACAUAUCGUAUCAGACAUGCUAGGCUACCAAGUGGAAAAAAACCCUGUGCAAUGCAUGCUGUACGUAUUCCCCGAAAGAAUGCCCAAAGCUCACCAAGCAUUACUGUACCAUACACUAGCAUCAGUACAUAUUCUAAUAGCGAGACAGUGGAAAUCCAAGGACAUACCGUCACGUACACAUUUAAGAAACCAAAUCGCACUCAACUGGUCAUAUGAGGCCAUGCACCAACACCAAUUUGGCCCGAGGCCCGCAUUAGCUAAGGCGCAACUCAUAUGGGAUAGGUACCUAAACCAAACUGACAAUACCACAACACAAUGAUUACCAGCGGACAAAGGCGAACUCCGUGGCGGGGGACUGGGGAGCCCUAGUCUGGGACCACGAAAGAUCAAGAUCCAAGAGACAGAAGAAACCUGCCGCCCACCAGCUCUCCAUCGUGCAGGAAUCCCUACCAAACCACCUGGGAACCCUAGGGUCAUCCCUCCACGAACCCCCCCCGAUGCACCUCCUUGCCACCCCUCCUUCUCUCUGUCUCCCCCCUAUCUAUACCCCCCUAUAACUUUACUUUCUCUACAAAAUAUUUGAGACAUGCAGUUGCAGGAUUCAUGUACCUAAAGUCGUUAAGUAAUAUUGGAAGGUUUACCCUGAUGUUACCAAAUCACCAUACCAUGUAUGUAAUCGCGAUCAGGAUAUCCAAACUUCCAGCACAAUUGUAAUGCAGCUGCAUGGCUAAAUAAAAAUUGUCAAAUUCAAAAAAAAGAUUAUUAGUACACUGCGCUAGCAUAAUCUUCAAUUUUACAACAUGACAGAAGGCUUCAUAUUUAGCAAUUUUAACGCUUAGGUAGAAAAGCGAACGCAGCGUUGGACGUCGGACAGAAAUAGAAUGUCCGAAACAUCGAUUUGCGGGACCAGUCCGCCGCUUGUAAUAUGUCUGACAGGGAUAAGCCUGCCAGAAAAGUCGAUGAUGCCGCUGCCCCUCGCACGGAGUGCACGCGAAAAGAUGGGUCUAUACCAGCUAGGGAGAGGAGCCAUCUGAUCCAUCUGGCCAGUGUAGUGACCGAAACCGGACUGUGAGGGUUAACAUAUGACACCAAUAGCUGUCGGGCUGUCGGUGGGCGUAACGUCUCCCUUGCCGCCACAUAUGCCCGCAAAGCCUUGACCACACAAAGUUGGGGGUCCGAGGUGAAGAAUGGAUAGAAGACCGAUGACGAGUUGGAUUUAGUCCGCUGUGAAAUAUGGAAUGUGACUCCUUACGGAUCGAUAGUAAAGGCGUCUUUAUCGAACGCCCGAAUGUCCGAGACUCGACGAAAUGAAACCAGGCACAACAGGAAGGUGAACUUGGCCGUCAGUUGCCUUAAGGAUAGUCCACAUCCCAUAGAUGUUGGUAUUUAGGUGCUGGAGGUCGUCUCAGUUUGAUGCCCCAUAGUAGUCGACAGAUCAGAGGGUCCUGUCUGACCGCUCUUCCUUGGGACGGUACAUGGGCUGCCGAUAUAGCGGAUCUGAUGACGUUGAUGGUGUGAUACGACUUACCUUCCUCGAAGAUUGACGAGAGGAAAUUCAUGAUAUCGGAAACAGGGGCUGUAAAGGGAUCCAGGUCCCAUCCCAUGCACCAACUGGUCCAAGAUUGCCAUGCAGAUAAGUAGCUCUUUCGCGUUACAGGGGCCCAGGAGUCCCAUAGUAGAUCCUUAGUUGUUGUCGGUAAGUCGUUGGUACACCAUGCUCCCCUGAGUCCAGGCUACCAAGGAUAGGUGUCCGUCCAGUAGCAUAGGAUGUGGGUUCCCCACUGGAUCCCUGAGUAGGGUGGAGUCGUUCGGCAGCAGAAUUGGGUCCUCUCAGGAAAACUCAAGGAGGUCUGGGAACCUGGGUUGGCUCGGCCAAAGGGAGGGUUAACUUCACUACUCGUCUCCGGAUGUGGUGGAGAACUCUCGCAAUCAUAACGAAUGGGGGAAAGGCAUAAGCCCCUUGUGUUGGCCAGUGUUGGGUGAAAGCGUCCACCGCCAAGCACUCUGGGUCUGGCAGCCAGCUGUAAAACUGUGGUAAUUGAUGAUUGUUGUGUGAGGCAAACAGAUCCAGUAGGAAGGGUCCUUUCCAUUCAUCUAGAUAGGCGAAUAUCUGCGGGUUCAAUUGCCAGUCGCUGACAUCUCUCCAGUGUCGGGAGUGCCAAUCUGCAGUAAGGUUCAACUCCCCUGGUAAAUGUUCUGCACGUAUCGUAAUGUUGCAUGGGAGGCAGUAGUUGAAGAUUUCCUUCAUCAAAUUCACCAGUGUUUGUGAACGAGUCCCUCCCAAGUGGUUGAUGUACCGUACUGCAGAUAUGUUGUCCAUCUGUAGAAGUAUACAAUGCUAGGCUGCCUAUAGCAAAUGACCCAGGCAGGCAGUUGAUAUACAGCGCGAGUUCCUGGGAUGUCCACGUUCCUCCCGUGGAUGCUUCCCCAUCCGUGGCGCCCCAUCCCAGCCGGCUCACAUCUGAUUCCAGCACGAAGUCCGGGUGGUUGCCGAAGAUGGCCCGACCAUUGCAUGAUUGCAUGCAGUUGAGCCACCAUUCGAGUUCUUGGCGCACUUCAUCCAUCAGCGGAACUGGUUGCUUGUACGUGGGGUUCCAUCAAAGGAAGUGGGCUUUCAACCAUUGCAUGGCACGGUAAUACAGGAGGCAUGGUAAUAUGGCUUGUAUUGAUGAGGAGAGUAGGCCAACGAUCCGCGCCAGUUGUCGGAGCGGAAUGGAGUUGAGCUUGAGUACUCUGCGGAUCUCUGUCCUGAUGGCCGUCACUUUGGUAGAUGGGAGGUGGAGUGUGCAAGACCUGGAGUCUAUCUCGAAGCCCAGGAAUUGAAUUUUUUGCAUGGGGGUCAUUGCGGACUUGGCCCUGUUGAUGAUGAACUUCAAUAAUUGUACCGUAUAGUCGGUAUGUUGUACGGCCAGUUCUCUCGUUCUGCAGAAUAAGAGUAUGUCGUCCAGAUAAAUGAUACAUCUGAUCCCAUGAGUUCUGAGUUGGGUUACCACUUGUUUCAACAUUUUCGUGAAGCACCAUGGUGUGGAGCUUAGCCCGAAAGGGAGGCAAGUGAAUUGCCAUGGGCAGCCGUGCCAUAGGAACUGAAGGAAGGGACGGAUGUCUUCGUGGAUUGGGAUCGACAGGUAUGAGAUCUAGGCGCGUAAACCAGUCCCCUUCUUGAAGGAGGUCCCUUAGUAAGUGUAUGCCUUCCAUUUUGAAGUGGCGGUAGGUCACGUGGGCGUUCAGAUCUCUUAAAUUUAUCACAGUUCUGAAAUCUGCGGUUUUCUUGCGGACGAGGAACAUGUUGCUGAAGCCUCCUUGUUUGCGCGUGGGUUGUAUAGCGCCCUUCAUGCUUAGCUCACGGAGCUCCACUUCUAUGAGUUGAGCAUCCGAAGCUGAGAGGCAUAAGGGACGAGGAGGGCACCUCUGUACGGGGAAUGUUCGUAAUUCGAUGUGUACCGUCUGUAACACCCAAGCAUCUGUGGAUAGUUUUGCCCAAUUCUGGGAAAAAAGGGGGAAACACGGCCGGCAGUCAGGGUUAGUUGAGACAUUGAUAAGUUUUGGUCUCUUACCUGUGGGGAAUCUUGCGCAGGUACGUCUGCGACCACCCUAUCCUCUGUCUGUGCCCCUUUGGUAGUAGGGAUAGUGCUGUCUAGAGCCGGUGUCCUGGUUUGUUGCGGGUAAAACUGCUGUGGGUGUCCCAUACGGGGGCCUGAUGGCCAGAAUCGGCUGGUGGCACGGCCCCGUUGCCGACCAGCCCUGGAAAAAACACCCCUUGAAGGGUUGCCUCUGAAGACCUUGCGCAUGGAUGUGUGCGGGAUCUGUUCAGCGAGGUGAAUACAUUAACGUGCUUAUUAAGCUCUUUCAUAAAGGCCUCAUCAAAAGGUUUACCCUGUGCCUGUUGGCCCAAUUCUUUUACCCCCAGAUCAGCCAGUUUGGGGUCUAUGCGGAAGAGUGCUGCGCGGCGCAGCUCUGUUGAGUGGCCAGCAUUGGUAUUCCCUAGAAAGCAGAAACCCCACUGGGUCCAUUCUUGGAUAUCAUGUGCCCAUUCACGCACCAUGUCCGCAGUAAAUGAGUCUGCUCUGGCGUAAGCUACAUCCGCCAGGUACAUCACACGGCCAGUGGCCCCAUCGCGUCCAGGAGCUUUCUCCCCUUUAAAGCUUCUCUCGACCCCUCUGCGUGGGUCGCGACCCCCUCACUCCAUAAAGGCCAGCAUGAGUUGGUCGAACUCUGGCGUAAAGCCACCUUGUCUGUCAGGGAUGGUCUGGAGCACUCCGCCCUCAUUUGUUUGUGGAUGUGUUUCUCCAGGGGCUUGCGGAUCCAGAAGUGCAUAAACCUGAGGAGGUGCUCAGACGGGGCCCAUUCCCUGGAGCGGGGGUGCCGUAUGUUCCUGGGGUCAAACAUCCUCUGCCCUGUGGUGUCCAGGAAUAUCUCCUGUUCCUGUGUAGCAGCUGUAGCGGAUGACACCGCAUCUCCUUUACACUGGGGCUCACCCAGGAAGGUCUCCCUGACGUAGGCGUUGGAGCCCCAAUCGCCUUCAUCGGAGUCUGAGACCUCUGCCUGCCACUCAUCCAGGAUGGAGAGGGAGUGGGGUAUAUCUUUGUCCUCUUCCGAGGAAAUCUACUGAGUGUAUUUGGGGGCCAUGGUCACAGGGCGCUUACUGUGCUUCAGCUGCACUUUUGUUGGUGGCCUUUUUGGACUCCUCGCCCUUCCAGUGGCGUUUCGUCGGGUGUUGUCUCUCCUUAGAGAAGUCAUCUGACUCAUCCGAGUCCUCCCUGGUAUGGUAAUGCUUCCUAACCAGCUUGUUAGUUUCAGAGGCCAUCGCCUUCUCCAAGGAUGCAGCUACCGCUGCGUUGAUCAUGGCCUGAAGGUCAAUUGGGUUCUGUGUGUCCUCCAUAAUUCGGACACUAACAGGCACAGGUAUGAGAGGUGAAGGGACCUUGUGGGAGGGACUUAGACAGGCCGUAGGCCGUAUAAUGUUUGUCACCCAGUGGCGUGAAAAAAACAGACUCUUUAAUGCUGUGGUUCACCCAGGAAAUCGGAACUGCUUUAACAGGUUCCGUUAGCACUCAGGGAAUUACCCAAAUGGGGGCUCCCCCCUUGCCAGACUACUAGGGUAUACCUUAACUGGCAGUCCCACUCCCCAGGGGUAGUAACACCAACCUGCACAGGUCCCUGUGAGAAACUGGAAUCACCUCUGGUAAUUUGUCAGAAAAACCUUAAACAGGAGCCUUAUCUUGAUGAGUGUGAUACUCCGCCGAAACUACACCAACAAAAUGGUUGCCGCGGGUCUUGAUGACAGGAAAAAGCCUGUGAAAAUCGUUCGCGAUAAAUAGACCGUUCGUGCAAAACUAAACGAACGGGUGAGCCUGGCUGCUCUGUUCGCACAAUUAAAGUGCGAACAGACGGGGAAGUCAGUCAAACGUCUGUUUGUGCCGCGAUGCACGAACACAGUGACUGCCCGCUCUGUACGCACAGAUUAAAGUGCAAACAGCGCAGGAAAGGAGAGUGAAAGUAGCAAACGUAGCCACCAUAAGGAUGGGGGGGGGGGAAAGGGGAAAAUGCUGUUGCCUCAGAAGAUGCUCUGAGGGGAGAGGGGGUAGCCCCUCCAACAGUUAACAUCCCAUUAGGUAUAAAAUACUUAAGGGAUCCCCUGCCACCUCCAGGAAAGUAACAUAAACACAAUAAGAUUAACUAGAAGAUUAUAACACAUUGAAUAAUAGACAGUUAAGGAAAUUAGUACUCUGACCUGACUUGUGAUGGAGCAGCAAAGAAAGAGGAAGUGAUUGGAUAUGCUUAGACAUAUAUACUCUGACUCACUCUGAUUGGUUCUUUAUUUCAACUGUUUUUUUCUUUGCUGCUAUGGAGUUAGUAAAGAAAGUUAAUGUAAAAUAUGAAGCUUCCUGUCAUGUUGUAAAAUUGGCUCUCUAAUAGGUGAGCAAUCAUUUGUUACCUGUAUGUUGGUUUAUAUUAGAGAUUUCUCUGAAUCUGCACCAGAAGUUUUCCGUUUCUCUCUUUUUUUGUCUCCCCAUUUUGAGGAACAUUUGACUAAGGAUAAAGAGAGGGUUUGGUAUUACCUAAUAUACCUCCGUGCAAGUGAUCUGAGCCUAUCCAUAUGUGGUUUAGGACCAUGUGAGUGUGGUCCAUACUUUCUUUUAAGCACCCUGUGGGGCUCGAUAUACUUCACCAUCUUUUUCCCCUGUAGGAAAUUGUGUACAAGUUUACUCUGUCUCAGCGCUCCACUAAGUGUACUCUUUUGGUGGUUUGUUCCACCUGGGUUACCUGUUUGUCAAUACUAUUCUUGUGUAAUUUUGGGGGUAUUUACACCUUUGUAGAGCUGCUGCUUAUCCAUUUACGGUUUAUUUGAUAACCCACUAAGCACUUUUUACACACAGAUCACUCUUUCUAUAUAGCUCAUCAUUAGACUGCUUGUGCUGUUAGGUGGCUUUUAGGGCACUGAGAACAUGAGGGAGCUUUAUAACAGCUCUCUGACAGGUGCUAAAAAGAUCAGCCUUACACGCACACAUGUCCCUUUUUUUUUAAGAAACUAACCCUCAUCACAGCUUGGUCCACCUACCCCCUGGGUAAUGUCCCUGCCCUGAGUUCAUACCUCACAAUGUUGCGAGGUCUGUUUACAGCUUUAUUAUUGGUGAAAAAAAGGAAACUUUGUUAAUAUGACUUCUAUUGUAAUAUCACCUUAGCGAGCUUUAGGCUAGUAAUUUACAGAAGUGUCUAUUGUUAUUAUAUCCUAAAAUUAAUAGAGUUCUUUCAUAGCUUAAUUAAUUUUAUACCUUGCUCGUUUUAUAACUGUUUUAUAACUACCUGUAUCUGUUUUUUCCCUAGGGGUGUAUCCUCGGUGCUAGCUCUGGGUGCUAGUAUAAUAUGUAGAAAGAUACCCGGACUCUCUCCUCGUCAGCGAACGAUCUGUGAAUCUCGUCCCGAUGCCAUGAUAGCAAUUGGUACAGGAGCCCGAUUGGGGACAGAGGAGUGUCGCUAUCAAUUCCAGUACAGCAGAUGGAACUGCAGCUCCUUGGGGGAACCGAGUCUCUUUGGAGCUGAGCUAAAAGUAGGUAUGUGUGCUAUGCCCGCACUGUAAUAAAUAAAUAUAUAUAUAUAUAUUUACGUCAAUAUAUAUAUAUUCACAAAUACUGUCAUACUACAUCUACAUGUCAUAAGGCACAUGAAAAAAAACAAAACACAACAGCCUAAAAGACGUUAGGAUGGGUCAUUAUGUCCUGAAUGGCAAGGGUUUUAACAGCAUUCGGGGAGUACUGACUUGUGCUGACUUUGGUGCCUGUGAAGCCCCACUGAAACCCCCCCGACAUAUACUUACCUCGGCAGACCCGAUGGCUGGGGGAUGACUGACAACCAAGGCAGUCCCUGCUAUCGGAUCUGGUGAGGUAAGUGUCAUUCGUGGGGUUUCAGGGGGGCUUCACUGGCACCCUUUGCAGCCAAUUCUGCCGAUCCUAUCCAGGAUCAUCUGAAUUGCAAGUUUGGCUGCAGGGGGACUGCCUGGGUUUCGAGGCAGAUCCCCUAACAUAUAAUGGAUAAAACAAGCUAAUGUUAUAUAAAUAAUGUAUAUACACACACUUAGAAUUAAAUUAAAUUAUAUAUAUAUGAUUGGAAUUGUUUGGCUGAGAAUGUUAUCCAAACAAUGCUGUUCCGAAUUUGGACAAAAUUGAUAUCGCUAAUGCCAAAGUAUAACUUCAGUUUACUAAAUUGUUAUCGGAUGUAGCCACCUCUUUAUCAAAAUUCGCUACAUAUAGUGUCUUGUUUAAAUAUAAAAUUAAGGUUUCCCAUAUUGCAUAGCUAGAACACAUUGAUACAAUUAAAAUGGAUAGCUAAUACCAAUAUUUGAAGAACUCAAUAUUUGGUGCACCCACUAUUUGUUGGCUUGUUGCUUGGAAUCAUGAUAUAUAUGCACAGAGGUCCACCAUGUGUGGAGUAACACUGACUGUUCUUAUCAAAAUUGUUCCCUUCAAGACUAUUAGAGCUUUGUUGUCCUCCAACAAAGAACUGUGCUAAGGGUUCAGUUGCUUGGGGAGUCUGAGAUCCUAGUCAGAGGGAUAGCAAGGGCACCUGGACUGGUCAUCUGGAAGUCCACAGUGAGACUGGACAGUUAUUGUGGGUGCUAGAAGUUUUUGAGUUCAGUGUCUAGUAGCCUUAGUCUUUGGACACAACACAUGAACUCCGGUUUUCUUUCUUGGGCACCCAUGGACUAAACUAGACAAGGAAUUUGAUUCUAUAUAUAUAUAUAUAUGCCUUAUAUUUUUCUUAUACACUCUUUGCUAGUUUCCUAGGCAACGGGGGUGGGAGGAUGGGGGAGGCUAUGCAAAGCUGAACAUUUUCUAUCUAUAAUGUUGGAUCCUUAUGGUCUAUAUACUAUUCGUACUAUCAGGGCCGGUGCAAGGAUUUUUGGGUACACAGGCGAAGAUGAUUUUUGUCCCCCUCCCCCACUUUCCACCUCCACCCAAAAGCAUCUUCACCUGUGUGCCUCUUAACCCGCCUUUUUGUGUGUCUUACUCCCCCAGCCCCUUUAUGUAUCUCCUUCUCUCCCAGCCCCUUUAUGUCUAUUACUCUUACCAGCUCUUUUGUGUGUUUCUCAUUCACCACCAGCCCGCCUAUCUCCACCCCCAGCCCCUCUGUGUUUCUUUUUCCUUUUCUCCAGCCCCUCUGUUUCUCUUUCACCCCAGCCCCUUUGUAUUUCCACCCCAGGCCCUUCUAUGGGUCACUUUCAUCCCCAGCCCCUCUGUGAACUUUCUCACCCCCAGGCCCAUCUGUCUGUCUUUCUCCCCCCUCAUGUCCCUCUGUGUGUAUUUCUCCCCACUCAGGCCCACCUGUGUGCCACUCUCCCCUCCAUGUCCCUUAGUGUUCCUCUCUCCUCCCCUCCAUGUCCAUUAGUGUUCCUCUUCCUCACCCCUUACAUGUCUCUUAGUGCCCCCUAUUCCCCUUAAUGUGUAUUUCCCUUCUCUUUUAGUGGUCCCCCCUACCUUUGUGUUCCUUUUCCCUUCCCUCCCCUGUACCUUAGUGUCCCCCUUAAUGUUCCUCUCUCACCCCCCUUUAGUGUUCUUUCCCCCUCCCCCAUAGUGUUCUUUCCCCCCUCCCCCCUCAUAGUGUUCUUCCCCAUUCCAUAGUGUUCUUUCCCCGUCACAUAAUGUUCUUUCCCCUCCUCCAUACUGUUCUCCCUCCCCUGUCCCAUAGUGUUUUUCCCUUCCCUGUCCCAUAGUGUUUUUCCCCUUACCUGUCCCAUCGCAUUCUCCCCCCUGUCCCAUAGUUUUCUUUCCCAUCUCAUAUGUGUUCUUUCCACCCAUCCCCAUAGUGUUCUCUCCACUCCCUGUCCCAUAAUAUUCUUCCCCUCACCCGUCCCAUAGUGUUCCUUACCACCACCCCCUCAUCCCAUAGUGUUCCUUACCACCCCCUCAUCCCAUAGUGUUCCUUACCACCACCACCCUCCCCCCCAUCCGAUAGUGUUCUUUCGAACAUAGUAUUAAAUUAGAAGAGCAAAGGUUUAAAAAAAAUAUCAGGAAGUAUUACUUUACAGAGGGUAGUGGAUGCAUGGAAUAGCCUUCAAGCUGAAGUGGUAGAGGUUAACACAGUGAGGGAGUUAAAUUGUGCGUGGGAUACGCAAAAAGCUAUCCUACUUAGGCCAGGGACUAAUGAAAGUAUUUAGAAAAUUGGGCAAACGGUUCUUAUCGGUUGUCACAUUCUAUGUUUCUGUAUUUGCUGGAGAGGUCCCCUGCUUAUCCAGCUUUUUUAAAAUCUUUUUUCUUUCCUUCAAAUUAAAGACGCUAAAGACAAAUCAGGAUUUAUCAAUCUAGGAUUAAGGGGACAUGGUUAAUUUCGCAAUCUACUGCCUAGAGUUUGCUGAUUUUUGCCAAUUUCUUCAUGUAUAUACUAAGUUUUUCCUAAACAGUUGCAGCUAAUAGCUUAUUUCACAUCCUAAAGCUAUUUAUGUAACUUGAUAUGUCAACUGCAUAAGAUGUUCGAUAUACGCUUAAGUAUGUCGAUUUUUCUUUGGCUAUCCUCUCGUAUGUUGUGUGCAUUGCUGUAAAUCUUGCAAUAAAGCUAAAACACCAAACACUGAAUAAAAACCAAAUAAUAAAGAGGGAGUGCUAAAAAUGGUGAUGACACAGUCCACCACCACCAUGUACGCUUAAACAAUUACACAUUUUGCCACAUUACAAACACUGAAAUGCCAAUGGUGGUAUGUUGUAUCAACAGAGUGUAUUUCAACACACUCACAAUAAAAAGAACACUACCAGACAAUGCAAUUCUCGCAUAUUGCAUAAAAUUGAUGAUAAAAUCAGCCAGCACCUCUCACCCAACGCGUUUCGUCCACGCCAGAAAUUCUCAAUGAAAUGUCUUUUUCAUCUUCUGCAUGAUGUAAAAUGAAGAAAAUAAAAUAUGCAGCGAGUUAAUCUCAUGCACAGCAAAAUAAUUAAAAAUUGUUUUUAAUUAUGCUAAUAUAAAAAAAAAAAUAUAUAUAUAUAUAAGGCAAAAAGCAACUAAAUCCAAGCAUGAAAAAAAUAAGUUUAAAACUCCAGGCUUAUAGCUGUAGGCUUCAUACAUGGAGAGGUUCCUACAAGUCAGGAGUUCUUACUACCUGUUGUUCACUUUUGGAUGGUCUUAGAAGCUAUGUACAUAUAGCUCUACUUAACGCAUAUACAGAGCUGAGGGACUGACUUGACCCCCUACCCCCCAAAAAAACCACAUUUUAUUAGAAUCUCUUGUUUUUGUCAUAGCUUGUGUUAAAAAAGUGCCCAUAGAGCGUGCCACACUAAACCCCCCCACCCUCCCCGUACUCCUUUUUUUAUAGGUAGUGGAAUAAACCACAUUCUGGUUCUGUCUGUUCUGUUUUCAGGAAGCCGGGAGACAGCUUUUUACUAUGCCAUACUGUCAGCUGGCAUUGCCCAUGCCAUCACCAAUGCCUGCAGCCAAGGCAACUUGACAUACUGUGGCUGUGACCGAGAGAAGCACAGCUAUCACGAUCCCGAGAAGGGGUGGCGUUGGGGUGGGUGCUCUGCAGAUGUGAAGCAUGGGAUCCGCUUGUCCAGAGAGUUUGUGGAUGCCAGAGAAGUAAAACGCAACGCUCGCACUUUGAUGAACCUGCACAACAACUUAGUUGGAAGAAAGGUAGGCACAUCUUUACAUAUUGUCAAACUACCUGAGUAGCUUGGAAGUAAAUGUAUAUGACUAAUCAUUUUAUCAUGCAAUAUCCUUGUCGGGUCAAUAAGUCAGCCUGGAGACCCCACAAGGUCAUCUGCAAGGUUAUUCAUUGAAUUGGAAAUUGCCAGGAAUUCACAAAGGACUUUUAGGUGAAAAUAGUCAAACAAAAAAAGAGAAUAAAAUUAUUUUGCUAUUUUUUCCAGCUUGGCCAUUUUGGUCAAGAAAUAAUUUGAAAUUCCUUAAUCAGUUCCUGGCAAUUCUCAAUUUAGUAAAUAACCAUAUAAGAUUAAGUACCACAAAGCUUUGUUAAACUCUCUUAAAACCUGUAAUGACAGGGAUAGGCCUGCAUAUAACAGCCCAGGUUGGGAAAUCAGACACAAAUGUUUAAUAUAGAUAUAUUUGAUACAUAUAUAAAGACAUAUUCAGUCAAUCAGUAGCUACCAUUCAUAAAAUAGGUAUGUACUUUAAAAAUAUUUUUAUUUUUUUUAAUAAAUGGGAGCUACAGUGUCAUCUGACCGCUUUAGCCAAUUAGUGGCGUCCCUGCCCGGCAGCACUGAAUUUCAGAAGACUGAUACCGCAGGGAGAAUUGAAAAUUGGGUGCUGGAGGCAACUUUUGGGGGUUAAACCUAUUAAGAACGGUUUAACCCCUUCAGGUAAGAAAUCACCCAGGGACCUCCUUCAGUUUCUUUUUUUGUUUUUAUGAUGCCCUGAGUUUUCCUUUAAAUUACUAGAGCCGUUAUAUUUUAAACAAGUUUUAUUUAGAUUUAAAAAAAAAAAAAAUCAGUUUAGGAUCAAUUUGUUUUAAGCCAAUAUUUUCUUAUUAUCUUUUUUAACUUUAUAAUUUGCACAAUGAAAACCACUUAUAAAACUCUUAUAACUCUAUUUUGUAUUUUAAAAGUUAUCACUUUAAAUUUCAGCAACUUGGGCCUGAGCUUUAUUUAUUAAUUCUCUUCGAUAUUCCUUCUGAAAGAAAUUUAAAAAAAAAAUUUAAAUAAGAUUGUUUUCAAAUCAUCUCUGCGUUAAUCUUCAUAGUGUAGAGACUUACAUAUCUAGUGCAAGGUCCCUAAAAAAUUUUUUUUCACAUCUUAAAGUCCAUAGAGUAAACUCAGAAUUUUUAUCAUACAAUGUGCCUCCAGUCUAUGAAGUAACUAACAGUAAAUAUACAUAAACUACCUCAAGAUAAUCUAACCAGAUAAAUCUAACUAAAGGUUAAGUUUGAAAAAUGACCGUCUCUAUAUUCCCCCCUUCACUUCACUCUCUACACAUUGCAGUGACAAAAUCAGACCCGCUAAUUAUUAAAUUCAAACACUGUCUGACCCAAGAUUCAUGGCUGAAUAAUCCUAUAAUCCUAAACGUAGAGAUGGGUUUUUCUUUUGCAUAUACUUCAUUUAACAAAGAGUCUUUUUCAUUACAAUAAUUGCUGAAAGGAUCAUUAUAUAAAAAAAAAAAUAGUCUUGAGGUAAUAGUUCGCUUUUAAAACAAAUGAAUAUGUAUUUAACUGAUCAAACUUCAGACACCCAGUGGUCCUUUGUGGUACUGCAGGUCCCAAAAAAAGUUGUCUAGGUGAAAAAUGUUUAAGCUCGUGAAGGUUUAGAAGGCUUUAUCCAACCACUCUUUAGUCAGUCUGCCCUGAUAGUCUAUAGCAACGGUGUACAACUGUAGUACUUUAAUUCUUGAUAUUAGUAUCUUUUAAUCACAAAGGUAAAAUAGUGAUUCUGUAUGAUAAAAAAAUAAAACCAGAUCCGAGGUAGGUGGGGAACAGAGGCGUGAGGGUAGGAAAAUUUAAGGAGGUAGAAGAGUAAAGAAAGAGGUGAGUAAUCAUUGCAACAGAACUAGUCAUUGGAAAACCCCUACAAGCUAGCACAAUCACAGUUAUCUGAACAUCAGCGUUAUAAUACAGUCUUUAAACAAUGACAGGAACAUUGGAGCAAAGCAAGAAUUGCUUUGUCUAUUUUGGUCUGUAUUUAAUCUAUUUCUGGAUACUGGGUUACUGUAAGCUGGUUUGAAUUCACCUGGAAUUGUGAAUUUAAAGGACAACUGUCACCUCAAAACUAUUUUUAAUCUAACAAUCCUUUCAAGUUUUGAAAGAAUAUAUAUAUUUUUUAAUUAAACUAUAUGUGUAAAAACAAUAAAUAGCAAAACUCAUCCCUAUCUCUAGUAUUACAGGAUCCAUCAGCCAUAUACGUGCACCUUGGGUCAGGCAGUGUUCAAAAACAGUCAGUUAGUCUCUAUGGUCUUCCAUUUUUCUGUGCAGGGAGUGAAGCUGGGAAGAUCAUAGAGACUAAUUGUCCCUUUUCAAACACUGUCCGACUAAAAGUGCAUGUAUAUGGCUGAAGGAGUAUACAGUAAUGGUAGGAAUUCAUUUUUCUCAUUUUUGUACUUAUACUUCAUUUAACAACAUCUAUUUCCUUUGAAAACUUGAUAAAAGGAUUAAAAUAUAAAAAAAGUUUUGAGAUUAUAAUCGUCCUUUAAGACACAAAUAGUUGAGCAGGAACCAUGGUUGACUUGGAUAAUUUUUCUAAUUUUCACGUUAAUGUUGAAUUCCUGACAAUUUCCAGUUUAGCUAAUACCCUUGUGUAGGACUUUAACCAUUGAGGUUUUUUUUACUAUGGGUGAACUGAUAUCCACAUUUAAAAAUUUGGGCAAAAUAGCCAAAUGGUGACUAUAUAUGAGUUUGAGAAUGCUUCCAGUUCAGCACAGAUGGGCUUUGAACAGCGUUUGUCAGAAUAUGUUGAGAUUCAUGUUAAUUAAUACUAGCUCCCACCAACCAGGUGGACAUGUCACUUUGGAGGUAUUUGCAAAAAAUGGAACGAUCCCACAAGUGAUAGAUCUGCUUAAAGGUACCAAAGUUUUUAGGUCCUGCUAUCUGUGGUGUAACUCAUCUUUGGUUUUGCUUCAAUACCCUAUCAAAUUGCAACCUCCCCAUACACAACUUGAUUCACUACUAGAGGUAGAUCUCAUGGAGAGUUUGGUUACAUAAAUGUUUUUAUGUUCAUUUCAAAGGCAGAAUGGACACAUCGCAAUGAUACAUUACAAACUAAAACCCACAGGCUCUAGUAGAGUAAUGUCCUGUUUUUGUCUGUUGACUGCACUGUUUUGACUUCCUUUUCUCUUUCUCUCCAGUUGUUAGAGAAGAGCGUGCGACUGGAAUGUAAGUGCCAUGGAGUUUCGGGUUCGUGUACAAUGAAAACCUGCUGGGUGACACUACCCCACUUUCGAGCUGUGGGAGACAUGUUGAUGGAGCGGUACGAUCAAUCUGUUAUGGUCGAAGCUGUGAGGGGCAGGCGGCAACUCUUGCCCACGUUCCUUAAGCUCACUAACCCUCAGAGCUACACCAAACCUGCGGAGACCGACUUGGUAUAUAUCGAUAGAUCCCCCAAUUUCUGUGAGAAGGACAAUAUCACAGGUACCAUGGGCACAUAUGGUCGCCUGUGUAACCGCACAUCAACUAUGUCUGACAGCUGUGAGCUCCUCUGCUGUGGACGAGGAUACAAAACUCUUCAGUAUACCCAUACAUGGCAGUGCCACUGCAAAUUCCACUGGUGCUGCAAUGUAAUUUGCAGCACAUGUAGCGAAAGGACGCAGGCUUAUACCUGCAAUUGAUAGGGGGGGAAGGGCUCUUGAUGCUGAAUAUGAUGAAGGAAGGCCCCACCACGUGUAAACUGGGGAACUCAGUGAGCAGCGACUGCCUAGCAGAAAAAGGGCAAACGGAGUUGACCACGAAACUGCAAGCAGAGGAAGCAGACACGGAUCCACGGACACUGGGCACAUGCAUGCAGCUGCAGCAAAAACAGAAGAUGCAUGCCGUGAACUUUUAAAAAACGCAGCAAUUAGCUCCAGGAAUAAAGUGGGCGAGUAAUCGUUAUUUUGUCUUUCAUUCAGGAGUAAAUUAAUCUAUGCUAAUGAAAGAGUGAGUAAAGAGACCUAAGAGACAGGCAAUGCUGAAAUCACAAUAUGGGCCGGGGGACUAAACUUUUAGGAAACCAAUUGUAAUUUUAUUUCUCCUGUUUUGUGGGUAUGCACAUUUUUUUUAAAAUGAAAUGCUAUAUAGAAAGUGUAUAUUUUACCAUACAGCUAUAUCUAUGUCAGUUUCUGUGCUUAAUUGUUUUAGUUUAUUGUUUGUUUUAGGAUUGAGGGCUUUGCAGAGAGAUUUACUAAGUAGUGAUAAUCUGGAGAGUUUUCUCCCAAAAUGGGAAACCAGACAAAACUCCCUCCUCAAUUUGUCUAGUUAUCAUAUUGUCUUAGAGUGAUGUUACUAAAAGUGUCUUUACGCAAAUUAGUUUAAAACAAAAAUCCCAUAAGAGUUAUCAUUUAUUUAUUUUUUAAUUACAUUUUUUUAAAUUUCUUUUUCAUGAAAGCAAGUUACAUUAUGUAGCUGUAGUUACCAAUUGAGAUCUGAACUAUCUGUAAAAUGAAGAAAAGAAGGCUCUUCACACAUAAAGCAUAUCACAGACUUUGAUAUUACACACUCCCUACAUUAAUGGGAUCAAAGUUUGUGCAAUGCUUUAUGUAUGAAGAGUGUCCCCUCUUUUUUUCAUUUGACAGAAAGUGCCAAUUUCAAUAGAAAGUGGCUAUUCCGUAAAUUUAAAUUGUUACAACCCCCACCCCCCCUUCCCAAGGGCGUCCGCAGGAAUUUUUCCGGGGGGGGGGGGGGGGGGGGGCAUAAUUGUAAUGACAUCCAUGCUUGGUACCUUUUUGACAGUGUCAUGAAAGGGAAGGGGCAUAGCCAUUAUCACAUAAAGCCAGGGUGAAUAGCGUUUUCACAACUAUGGUGUCAGGAAUGUAUGUUUGUAUUCCUGACACUAUAGUGUUCCUUUAAGCAAAUUAAAGGACCAUUCUGGUCACCAUAACAACUUCACCUAAAUGAAAAUGCUAUGAUGCCAGGAAGCCCCUGGGUGCUCGCUUUCCUUUAAGGGGUUAAAUCGCUCUCAAAUGGUUUAACCCCAAAGGCUUCCUCCAGCUCCAGGUCGCUCAGUGGUAUUUGGCUUCUGAAACAGAGUGUCAGGAAGUGCAGAUUGAUGUCAGGCAUGGGUGCCGCUGAUUGGCUAGAGUGGACAGUUGACGCUCUAAGCCAAUCGCUAGUUCCCGGUUCAUAAAAUAUUUUAACUUUUUUAUGAAUGGGGAGCUACUGAUUGGCUUAGAGUGCCAGCUGACCACUCUAGCCAAUCAGCAACACCCCUACCCAACAGCACUCUGUGCUUCCUGACACUCAGUAAAUAAAAGUGAACACAUUAAUACUGAGAUUUUUUUACCUUUGGAGAUGAGAAGGUCCAGCAUUUCCCUGCCUGGCCCAGGUACCAAAGCCUUAUGAUGUGGUGUCCAGAAUAAAGUGGAGGGGUCACUUCAUUUGUCCUUCAUGCUCCAAUCUCCUUUUCCUCUCCUUCAUUUGACAGUCUUUUUUUUUUUCUUCUGACACUGUUUUCUAUCCUUGACCCCUUCUGCUAUUUUACCUUUCUGCUACUUUCUGCUUAUUUUGCGCCCUUCUGCUCCUUUCUCAUUCUGAUCCCUUCCUGCUCCCUGCAGACCCUGUGUGCUCCCUUUUCUACUUUACCUUUGUGCUCCUUGCUGUCCCUAUCUCCUACUUUAUCUUUGUGCUCCUUCUGUCUCUUUCUGCUCCUUUACCUUUCUGCUCCUUGCUGUCCCUUUCUGCUCCUUGCUGCCCCUUCCUGCUCCUUGCAGGCCCUUCCUGCUCAUUCUCCUACUUUACCUUUGUGCUCCUUCUGCCCCUUCCAGCUCAUUUCUGACCCUUUCUGCUCCUUCUACUUUACCUUUGUGCUGCUUUACAGUCCAGCUCCUUGCUGACCCUUCCUGUUCAUUUCUGUUCCUUUGUGCUCCUUCUCCUACUUUACCUUUUGUGCUCCUUGCUGUCCCUUCCAGCUCCUUGCUGCCCCUUUCUGCUCCUUGAUGUCCCUUCCUACUCACUUCUGUUCCUUCUCCUUUUCUUACCUUCCUGCUCCUCGCUGACUCUUUAUGUAGGCUUUCUCCCCCAUCCCUCACUUCCAUAGGCGUGCGCACGGGAUGUGUCGGGUGUGCCUGGGCACACCCUAUUCCCCGCGGCACGCCAAUGGAGUGAGACCGGCAGGGGAGAUCUCUGGAUCUCCCCGGUCGGCUCAUGCAGAGCCGACACUAUCCGAGCGGCGGCUCUGGUCUAAGCCUCCAUGGGCCGGUGGGGAGAUCAAAGUUCUACCUCACCGGUCCACAGCAGCAUGGAGGGAGGCAGCAGAGAACCCGGGCUAGAGUUCACUCUCCACUGAAAACACCAGCGAAGGCAGCAGGACUGGGAUAUUAACUAAUCUGCCCCCACCUCCACCCAAACAUACAGCACACACAUACAGCACACACAGCCCACAAACAGCACCCACACACACAGCACCUACACACAUACAUUACCCUCGCACACACAGCACCCACACACAUACAACCCCCACACACACCCAGCACACUAACAGCAUCCUCACAAACACACAAAACCCACACACAACACCCGCACAGCACCCACACACAAACAGCACACUCUUAUACAAAUAGCACCUUGACAAACACACAACACCCGCACACAAACAGCACACUAACAGGACCCGAACAAACACGCACACACAAACACCCUCUCUCACACACACACACAGCACCCUCACACACAGCAGUGUGUGUGUAUAUAUAUAUAUAUAAACACACACACACACACGGCGUGUGUUUGUGCUUUAGGGUGCACACCCUAAUGCAAUAGGCUGCGCACGCCUAUGCUCACUCCCCAAAUCUAUAGGCUGCUGCCCCCCCCCCCAAAUCUAUAGGCUAUCUCCUCCCCCCAUGCCUCACUUACCUGAUCUGUAGGCUGUCUCUGGCUGCAUGUGUUGCUCCCCUGCGGUUUCAAUCAGUAGAGAGAAGCAGGGAUAAGAUGCAGCUUCCUAUCCCUGUCUCUCUCCAUACACAGCGCCACCUACUGGCCGGCGCCGGUAUUGCAGUUCAUUUUAAAUCGAAAAAUAGCAGAACAAGCUGAAAAAUCCAGGGGGGGGGGCAAGUGCCCCCCCUUGGCCCCCCCUGCGGACGCCCAUGCCCCUUCCUCGACUGUCAAUCAGACUUGUUACUUCCUGGUAGUUUAGUUCAGUGGAGCUAAACUCAAGAGGCAGAUAAUUGUUUGCAAAGACUUCUCAUUGAGCUGUCAUGGGAAGUCUGUGAUUGGUCAGUUAUAGAAAAUCUGGGCUGGGUUAGAAAGCAAGAGCUUCCAAAGGCUUCAGACAAGAGAUCUUUUUUUAAAUAUACUCCCAAUGUUUUUUAAAAUAAUUUCUGGCCAAAUUUAAAUUAUAUACAGGAUAUACAUUAAAAAAUAAAAAAAAUUUAAAAUCUGAAGGCAAUCUAAAAUCUAAUCUCAAGGUUCUUGUCUCAAGUAAAGUUUAUAAGGAUUUGUUAACCAAGUCAUGUAUAUUCACUAAACUUUAAAUUUUUGGCAAUACACCAGGGAAUUUCAAACUUUAGAACAAAAUGAUGUUGGCCUAACAAUUACAGUUAAAGGAACACUCCUGGCACCAUAACAACUUGUUAUGAAGUGGUUAUGGUGGCAGGAGGUCUCUGAAGCCAGGUAACGUUUAGGGGUUAAACCGUUUAUGGUCAGACGAGGACCAAGCCAGACCAAAAUGGCGGCGCACGCGAGGGACAAGUUGAGGUAAGUAAACUGACCAUUAUCUGCCCCAUUCAGCCACCAGACCCAAGCAUUAAGGACACUGUCAGGGGACUUUGCGAAUUCGGCAUUACCCAAACAGUAACAAUGCCUCUUUAAUAUGAUGACUCCACGACUAAACUCUCCAUAAUAUAACUACUUGGAGUAAGUCUCAAACAUUAAACAUAAAAUGUUCAUCUAAAUAGGAUAUAUUAUGCUGUUUGCAAACUAAAAAACUUAUCAGGUAUUUAAGAAAUGUUCGAUUUUUAUUUUCCUGCUAUUUUGAUAUUCGAGUUUACUCAGAUCUGUCCAAUCAGAUCUACUCAUUAAAUGUUAAAUAAGUCAUGAACAAACACUAAAGGAUAUGACAUUGACCUUUAAUAAGAAAACAAAUUGCUUAAUUUUCUUUAUGUAACAAUGUGUAAAACGGUAUGCACAAAGUAUUAAUAUUAUUUUUGUCUAACCUGGUCGUAGUAUGUUUACCUGGAAUUGUAACACGUUUUCAAUGUGGAUGUUGCAAUUUGGAAUUACAUAAUAUUUUAUCAAACCUGCUGUGACAGAUAUUGAUCAAUAAAAUGGCUGCUGAGAGCAUGUGAUGACAGCAGCCAAUCAGAGUCUGUAAUUUGUUGAGUAAAUCUCAACUUUACAUUAAUAGUAACCUGUUACUUGAUAGGACUGUACAAAGAAAGUAAGGUCAUCAAUUUAGACAUGAAGAAAAUCUUGCAUGUCGGAGGUGAACCUGGCCGCAGGAGGAAACUAUAGUGAUAGGAACACAGCUUUGGAUUCCAAGCACUAUAGUAUCCCUUUAAUAUUGAAUGCGGCCCAGACAAUGUUCCCUGUAGGAAAUUCUGCUCUGAACAGGGUAAGAAAUUAAUCUUUGCAAUCAUUCAUUUUGGUUUGAGAAUGUUUUUUUUUUAAAAAACUUGUUCUCAUUAAUGCCAGGUUUGUUACAA